GAUGAUCAACACCUGCUUCAACAUCACUGGCUCUUUAGCAGCGGAGAAACACAGUCUCAGAAAACUGUGCUACAUUUAGCUACAUUUACAUAUUCAUUAGCUGAAGAAACAGUCAGGAGCUCUUCUUAUUGUGAUUCAGUGUUCAGAUCAUGUCAUCCCAUGUUCCUGAGCAACCCUCUUUACAUGUCUUUAUUAUUAUUAUUUAUCUCUUCUAGAUUUUCUGGCUGUGAUCUCACUGCUCAGUGUUGUGAGAGUUUAUCAUCAGCUCUACAAUCCUCAAACUCUGUCCUGAGAGAGCUGGAUCUGAGUAACAGUCACCUGCAGGACUCUGGUGUAAAGUUUAUUUCUGAUGGACUGAAGAGUCCAAACUGUCAGCUGCAGAUACUGAGUCUUGCUGGCUGUAAUCUCUCUGCUCAGUGUUGUGAGAGUUUAUCAUCAGCUCUACAAUCCUCAAACUCUGUCCUGAGAGAGCUGGAUCUGAGUAACAGUCACCUGCAGGACUCUGAUGUAGAGUUUAUUUCUGAUGGACUGAAGAGUCCAAACUGUCAGCUGCAGAUACUGAGUCUUGCUGGCUGUGAUCUCUCUGCUCAGUGUUGUGAGAGUUUGUCAUCAGCUCUACAAUCCUCAAACUGUGUCCUGAGAGAGCUGGAUCUGAGUAACAGUCACCUGCAGAACUCUGGUGUAAAGUUUAUUUCUGAUGGACUGAAGAGUCCAAAC